UGGUGCGCGUGCACAGCAGGACAGACAGCAGCGCUUUACUGGACCGACUGGUGCUCACUUCACUUCUAUUUAUCUUCGUUCUUCUUUAUUUUUCUUAUUUUAUUGAAAACAUCAUUUUGUGACGCUGAAUGAUGCUCGUGAACACAGAGUAAGAAAAGAAGCAGAGCUGCGCUGAAGAACAAAUUAACCGACUGAUCAUCUCAAACAUCAUGGAGUUCUCACCGGCUCAUCCGGCGGUGAAGGCCUUCAUGUGUGGCUCUCUGAGCGGGAUGUGCUCCACACUGCUCUUCCAGCCUCUGGACCUGGUGAAGACCCGUCUGCAGACGCUACAGAGCGGCGUCCAGCCCGGGUCGGGUCGUGUCGGCAUGCUCGCCGUGUUUGUGAGUGUCCUGCGCACAGAGAAGCUCCUGGGACUGUGGAGAGGCGUUUCUCCUUCGUUUGUGCGCUGUAUUCCAGGCGUCGGCAUCUACUUCAGCACAUAUUUCACUCUUAAGCAGCGUUUUUUCGGCGACGGGGCCCCGGGGCCUUUACAGGCCGCACUGCUGGGGGCCGGAGCCAGAUGUGUGGCAGGCGUCUGCAUGCUGCCCGUCACCGUCAUCAAAACACGAUUUGAGAGCGGCCGCUAUAAGUACAGCAGUGUGUUUGGAGCGCUGCAGUGUGUGUGUCGGACCGAGGGAGCGAAGACUUUGUUCUCGGGUCUGACUGCCACGCUGCUCCGAGACGCACCGUUCUCUGGGAUAUACGUCAUGAUCUACAGCCAGGCCAAAUACACACUGCCACGAGAGAUCAGUCAGUCGUCUUACGCUCCGCUAGCAAACUUCAGCUGUGGGGUCCUGGCCGGCGUCCUGGCCUCCGUUGUGACCCAGCCAGCAGAUGUGGUGAAAACUCACAUUCAAGUGAGUCCAGACGUCUUCAGCAGGACAUCAGACGUGGUGCAGUUCAUUUACAAGGAGCACGGUUUGGUGGGGUUCUUCCGCGGCGCGGUUCCUCGCUCGCUCAGGAGGACCAUGAUAGCGGCGAUGGCGUGGACGGUGUACGAGCAGCUGAUGGCUCAGAUGGGCCUCAGAUCCUGAGACCGCCCGAAACCACAGAUCUUCACAUGGGACGUCCGGCGUUUCAGUGUGGGACGGAUCACAAAAUCUGAACGCUGUUUGCUGAACUGACUGUGAUCCACGUUUGAGUUUCAAUGAAAACACGUGUCAACUUUAAAAUGCACUUUAAUAUGUCCGCUCGGCUUCUCUUGUCUGUUUAUGAGUAAAUAAUGCUUAGUAUUUAUGAAUGUGCACUUAAUGAGAGGCUUUAAGACAGUCAUAUGUUUGCUUUUAUAGUCUUUUUCCUAUUUACAUCUAUUUGUUUUAGCAGACAGAAGUGCUAACCUCGUCUAGAAUAAUACAAUUGUCAUGUUGAAAUUUAAAUAUGGUUAUGACUGACAGGGUAACUUUAUAUGUUGUGCAGCCAAAUAAAACACAGGAGAAACAGCCAGUGUUUUCUGAUCUAAUUGAGGGUCAUCAGCCCAAGUGAAGACUGUCUGAAUGAAGGGAGCAGAUAAGAGCGAUGACCUCCAGCCUCUUACGCAAAACCCUCUCAGAGAGUCAGAGGAGGGUACACAAACUAUUACAUGUGACAUGCUGAAAUCUGUAGAGCUUUACAUGUGUUUGUUUGACAUGUUCAGAAGCCGAUUGCAACAGAGAAACGCUUUAAUAAAUAUUCAGCAAAACUA